UCUGGCAGCUUGUGCUGUUUUUGUUUGGUUGCUGUGUGAAUUAGCCUAAUGUAUGUCCUGCUUUUGAGAAGAGCCUAGCUAGUCCUUUGUCCUGCUUGGGUAACGUUAUGUGGGUAAACAAAUGGUCAACCUGAUGAUCCAUUUAAAGCUAUACCGCCAAAAGUUUCAUAAAUGUUCAAACUUGAUUGGGAAAUAUUGUGUAUUUGGUUGACGGGAAGUGCGAUUUCACAUGGUGCUUCGCUUCUGGACUAAAAAUUUGCCUGCGGUAGAGCGAAAUUGGCGCAAGACUGCCUCUGUGCUGCUAGUCAGUUUAACCUUAGUCUAAGACUGAUUGAGUCUGUUUAACUUCCCAUUUCGAUUUGGGUCUUUUUAAUAUACUUUGGUAAACGCUAUUGGCAACCAACGUAACUAAAAUUGCGGUAAUGUUCGCUAACAACUAUGUUGGUGAACUUAAUUUGUCGGGUAAGCCUGGCAGUUGAAACGAUGUGAGGAACGUCAGUGGAAUUGGUUCAGGGAAGGUCCUCGCGUAAUUUUUUUUUCCUCGUCACGAACGACACCGUUUCUCCAAACCUCCAAAUUUAUAUCUGAGUGGAGUUGGCUUGUCGCCUUUUUUAAAAAUGUAUCACUGCCGAACGGUUACAACCCAAUCGCGUUUGCUACCAGGGAUAAUACUCAGCGCCCUUGAGCAAGCUGAGUAAAUUUAAACUGUCGUUCGAGUAGGCUAGAUCCUAGGGUGUCUGACAGCGCUCAUUAAAGCUACAUUUGUCAUGUCUGGUAUAGCUUUAAGCCGACUUGCACAGGAACGAAAAGCCUGGCGAAAAGAUCACCCAUUUGGCUUUGUGGCAGUACCAACAAAAAAUCCUGAUGGAACGAUGAACCUGAUGAACUGGGAGUGUGCAAUCCCUGGAAAGAAAGGGACCCCCUGGGAGGGUGGCUUGUUUAAACUCCGGAUGCUUUUCAAGGAUGACUAUCCUUCCUCUCCUCCGAAGUGUAAAUUUGAGCCUCCAUUAUUCCAUCCUAACGUGUAUCCGUCUGGUACAGUCUGCCUAUCCAUUUUAGAGGAGGACAAAGACUGGAGGCCAGCCAUCACAAUCAAGCAGAUCUUGUUAGGAAUCCAAGAACUUCUGAAUGAACCAAAUAUCCAGGAUCCUGCCCAAGCAGAGGCAUAUACAAUUUACUGCCAAAACAGAGUAGAAUAUGAAAAAAGAGUUCGAGCACAAGCCAAAAAAUUUUCCCCGUCAUAAACAUCAAGACUUAUCCUCUUAAUGAAGGUGGUUUGGCCAGGAUUAUUUUCUGUACUUUUUUUUGUUUGUUUUUUUCCCCCCAUAACGAUGUGCUCACAAUUCGAUUCACUGCAGACUUAUUUAAAGAAAAAAAUUUAAAGGAGAAAAAAAAAAGAAAUUUAUCUAUAUACAUGCAUAUAUUUUGGUGCCAUGUAGUGUCCUUUGCCACUUGUCCUAUAUCAAUGUUUCCUCUUGACUUUCUCAUCCCCAUCGACUGCAUUACGGGUCUGGAGCCUCAGUGUUUGCCACUUGAGCAGGCCUAGUGUUCCUACAGGAGCUCUGAGCAUGGAAAGUCUGAAAUGCAAUGAGUAUGGGAUGAGGAAGGGGUUUGAGUUGCUUCAUUGGAGCCUUUUGACAUUGUACAAUGCAGGGCUACAGCUAUCCAAACUGUUAACUGUCAUUCUGCUUCAACUGGAGAAAUUUUGUUCUACAGACACACCAUGGGUUGGCUUGUAUUUUCAGUUACUAGUUUUCUGUUGCGAUUCUGGCUCCGUUUUUCUUUCACGAAGGGUGCAUUUACUCCCUCAGUCUUUGUAUUUUCCAUGGUUUUAAUGAUGUAAAACUUGCUGUUUCUUUAAUGUCAGUAUUUCAACUGCUGUAAAAUGAAACUUUUAUACUUUCUAUGAUUAUACUAGUCUAGAUUACUUUCCAUCUCUGAUGCAUUGUACUUGGCAUGUUGUAAAAUAUGAUGGCUUAUCGCUGCCUUUGGCCAUUGAGUACUUUCCUAUAAGAAGGAAAAAUAGCCACAGUGAAUCAAAGGCAGAUCUGCUUAUUUCUGCAUCAGAUAUUUAUAUGGUGUUUUGUUCAUGUGUUUAGAGUAAAUAAAACUGUUUAUACUAA